GACUAUCCUUGCAUUACAGACCAACAAUCUCAUCUUUGAACUCUGCUGGAAAAUUCGUACAGCAAAGAUUGACUGGCUAGCUAGUCAGCUGUAUCAUGGGCUUUGGGUUCUAUUCUAUGUAUCUCUGUCUCUGUGUUUUUGCUGUGAUGACAGUCUGCAAUGGUUUACUUGUAGUUUGUAGUGUGUUGGAUGAUUCGUGUGGAGUCUUGCGGUUUUCUGUUUUCUGUUUUCUGUUUUCUGUUUUCUGUUGUGAUUGAUAGUCUUGAACAGUGGGUAAGUAGUAUGGAUAUAUGGGUUUAGUUGGUUUAGUUGGGUGGGGAGGUAAUCAUGGUUGUUUCUGGUGUACUGAUGGUUUGUAUGAAUUUUGAUGGGAGAAGGCCGUGAGAGGCUUGGUAAGAGAGAGAGAGAGAGAGACCUUGAUGGUGUUGAUAGCUUGGGUAUAGACUGUUUGAGUGAAGGAAUUUGUAAGAUGUACGGAUACUUGAUGGGAAAGAAGUGGUGAGAUAGGGGUUGUUCGUUCGUAGAGGGCUAGACUAUGG